GACACCCAUCAGCCGUCGCCCACUUUCUAGUUAUUAAAUCAUGGAUAUGGAAUAUUUGUAUGAGGCAUAUGUAGAGUUUGGUGGUGGGUGCGGAACUGGUGCUAACAAAACUCAAAGCGGUGAAGCUAGUGCAUCAAUGGGGAGUAGUAGUAUUGUUACAGAUUAUGAUCCCUUGGAUUUUUUGAGCGAGUUCCAUAAAGAGCAUACAGCAUCAUUGAUGGAUUGUAAGUCGGAGUUAGAACGGUAUUUGUUGGAGAACAUUGAGAUUCCUAUGGGGAGUUUCGAUAUUUUAAUUUGGUGGAAAGUCAACUCCACCAAGUAUCCAGUUCUUGCUCUAAUGGCAAGAGAUAUCUUGGCCAUUCCUAUCACCACCGUUGCAUCUGAGUCAGCAUUUAGUACAAGAGGCCGUGUCCUGGAUCCGUUUAGGAGCUCUUUGGCUCCUAAAACUGUAGAAGCUCUUGUGUGCUCGCAAAAUUGGUUGAAGUCUACUCCCAUAUGCUUGAGUCAAAAUUAUUCUGAAGCCAUUGAUGAUGCAGAGAGCUAUAAGCUAGACUCAGAAUUAGCCAAUUCUAUGGCUAGCAUACUUCGUGAAGAGGAUUGACAAUCUUGUUUCUGGCACAAGUUGAAAAAUGACAUUUUUUGGACCUUUGGUUAUG